GGGGCUGAGGACGCCGCUGCUGCUCAAAGUGGCGGAGCGCGGCGGCGGGAGGCAGGUGCACAGCACCGCCGGUGGGGGUGCCUCAACUUCCGCGGGCGUUUAAAUAGCAGCCGGGCUCCCCUCCCACCGGUAAUAGGUGACCUGGCGCUCGCGGGCGGCGGGGGAAGGGACUGGGUACGCCGGGGCACGAGCCUACGCGGCACGUGGGCAGGUGCUGGUUGGCCCCAGGGCCAACUUUUGCAGCCCGCCCUCCCGCGCAGGCAAGAGGUGGCCGGCGCAGAGACGGGGCCGGGCGGCGGCCCCAAGGCGGUUCCUUGUCGCUGCCCGAGCGUCGCCUAACGGUCCCAGGCGCUUCGGGUCCGCGCGGGGGUGGCCCGGCCCCGUCCCCACGCCGGAGUCCCGCACAAAGCCCGCGGCGCGGGGUGGCCGCCGCCCGUCGCCGUCCCUGUUCCCGCGUCGCGGCGGCCGCAGGCGUUUGUUUGUUGCUUGCGCGCCGCCCUGCGCGCCGGAUGGCUUCCUGUGACAGAGGCUGCCUGCUGUCUCCCGGGGAGAUCAUGAAACGAGGUCGCCUUCCCAGCAGCAGUGAGGAUUCUGACGACAAUGGCAGCUUGUCAACGACAUGGUCCCAGCAUUCUCGAUCCCAGCAUGGGAGGAGUAGUACCUGCUCUAGACCUGAAGAUCGAAAGCCUUCUGAGGUGUUUAGGACCGACCUGAUCACUGCCAUGAAGUUGCAUGACUCCUACCAGCUGAACCCGGAUGACUACUACGUGCUGGCUGAUCCCUGGAGACAGGAGUGGGAGAAAGGGGUCCAGGUGCCUGUGAGCCCAGGGACCAUCCCACAGCCUGUGGCCAGGGUUGUGUCUGAAGAGAAGUCUCUCAUGUUCAUCAGGCCCAAGAAGUACAUCGCGUCGUCCGGCUCUGAGCCCCCAGCGUUAGGCUACGUCGAUAUCCGGACUCUGGCAGACAGUGUGUGUCGGUAUGACCUCAAUGAUAUGGAUGCUGCGUGGCUGGAAGUAACCAAUGAAGAAUUUAAGGAGAUGGGGAUGCCGGAGCUGGACGAGUACACCAUGGAAAGGGUCUUGGAGGAAUUCGAACAGCGAUGCUAUGACAAUAUGAAUCAUGCCAUAGAGACAGAAGAGGGCUUGGGGAUUGAAUACGACGAAGACGUUGUCUGCGAUGUCUGCCAGUCACCUGAUGGCGAGGACGGCAACGAGAUGGUGUUCUGUGACAAGUGUAACAUCUGUGUGCACCAGGCUUGCUAUGGGAUCCUCAAGGUGCCAGAGGGCAGUUGGCUAUGUCGUACAUGUGCCCUGGGAGUUCAGCCAAAAUGUUUGCUGUGUCCCAAGAAAGGCGGAGCUAUGAAGCCGACCCGCAGCGGAACCAAGUGGGUCCACGUCAGCUGUGCCCUGUGGAUCCCUGAGGUAAGCAUUGGCAGCCCUGAGAAGAUGGAGCCCAUCACAAAAGUGUCUCACAUUCCCAGCAGCCGGUGGGCGCUUGUGUGCAGCCUCUGCAAUGAGAAAUUCGGGGCCUCCAUACAGUGCUCUGUGAAGAACUGCCGGACAGCCUUCCACGUGACUUGUGCUUUUGACCGUGGCCUGGAGAUGAAGACCAUAUUGGCAGAGAAUGAUGAAGUCAAAUUCAAGUCCUACUGCCCAAAGCACAGCUCACACAGGAAACCCGAGGAGGGCCUGGGUGAAGGAGCAGCCCAGGAGAAUGGGGCCCCUGAGAGUUCUCCCCAGAGCCCUCUGGAGCCCUAUGGUAGUCUGGAGCCGAAUCGAGAGGAGGCCCACCGGGUGAGUGUUCGCAAGCAGAAGCUACAGCAGCUGGAGGAUGAGUUCUACACCUUUGUCAACCUGCUGGAUGUGGCCAGGGCGCUGCGGCUGCCUGAGGAAGUGGUGGAUUUCCUGUACCAGUACUGGAAGUUGAAGAGGAAGAUCAACUUCAACAAGCCCCUCAUCACCCCAAAGAAAGACGAAGAGGACAAUCUAGCCAAGCGGGAGCAGGAUGUCUUGUUUAGGAGGCUGCAGCUGUUCACGCACCUGCGGCAGGACCUGGAGAGGGUUCGGAACCUCACUUACAUGGUGACCCGCAGGGAAAAGAUUAAACGGUCUGUGUGCAAAGUCCAGGAACAAAUUUUCACUCAGUACACUAAGCUCUUGGAGCAAGAAAAAGUUUCAGGUGUGCCUUCUUCCUGCUCCUCCGCACUGGAGAACAUGCUUUUUUUCAACAGUCCUUCUGUGGGCCCCAAUGCUCCCAAGAUAGAGGACUUGAAAUGGCAUUCUGCAUUCUUCAGGAAACAAAUGGGCACUUCCUUGGUUCAUCCACUGAAAAAGUCCCAUAAACGAGAUGCAGUGCAGAAUAGUUCUGGGACCGAGGGCAAGACCUCGCAUAAGCAGCCAGGUCUUUGUGGUAGAAGGGAGGGGCUGGAGGUCUCAGAAAGCUUGCUGAGCUUAGAAAAGACUUUUGCAGAAGCACGUCUCCUAUCAUCAGCACAACAGAAAAAUGGUGUGGUGACCCCAGACCAUGGGAAAAGAAGAGACAAUCGUUUUCAUUGUGAUCUCGUUAAAGGAGACUUAAAGGACAAAUCUUUUAAGCAGAGUCACAAGCCUCUCAGGUCCACAGACACAUCCCAGAGGCAUCUGGACAACACAAGAGCUGCCACCUCCCCUGGAGUAGGGCAGUCAGCACCUGGCACCAGGAAGGAGAUUGUGCCCAAGUGCAAUGGCUCCCUAGUCAAAGUGCCUAUAACACCUGCCAGCCCAGUGAAAAGCUGGGGAGGAUUCCGGAUUCCAAAGAAGGGGGAGCGGCAGCAGCAAGGAGAAGCCCAUGAUGGGGCCUGCCACCAGCACUCAGACUGCUCCCAUCUGGGUGUAAGCCGAGCUCCAGCCAAGGAGAGAGCGAAGAGCAGGUUAAGAGCUGACAGUGAGAAUGAUGGGUACGCCCCUGAUGGGGAAAUGAGUGACUCAGAGAGCGAGGCAUCAGAGAAGAAAUGUAUCCAUGCCAGCAGCACCAUCAGCAGGAGGACAGAUAUCAUCAGGCGAAGCAUCUUGGCCUCUUGAUGAAACAGCCGGUGUGGAAGCACAUGGCUUGUUGCCGUGUGCUGAGGAGAGCUCUGAUAAUAGGGGCAAGCAAAUACCCAUUGUUUCUGAGCUACAGACAUACUUCCUUGCAAUUCAGAUUGAAUUUUUUUCCAGAGUCAUUUAUAAAUCAUUGUGAGAAGUUUGUGUUAUUUGCAACUUGUUGAGGAAACAGAAGAGUAGACUGUAACCAUAAGACACUAAGAUUAGAACCUGAACUAAACACUAUAAAAAAAAAACCAACAAAUGAAGUAACUUUGCAGAGGGCCAGGCUUGAAUAGCACCAUGUAUUAUUGCCCUCUACAUUCUCCCCAAAGCACAAACUCUUGAAUACUCACUCUUACAGAAUCAUAGAAUUCUGUGUGGUGAACAAGUCCUAUUUCUAGAAGCCCUCAUGUACCAUUUAUAGCCCACAAAGCUUAUUUUCUAGGAAUGGUAAAUGCUGACGGCAUUUGGCUCCCAGGCUGUGUGGUAUGAGGAGCUGAGGUUCUGAAGCUUCACAACACUGGGAUCUUGCACAUGUGGCAUCCAGGGGAAGAGUUUACACAACAGGCAUUGCUGGAAGGCUGCAGGGACAGAGCAGAGCUGCUGCACUGAGAUUUGGGGCCCGUGUAGCAAGGUCCCGAAGCCCUGAGUGGGCUGUGGACACAGGACGGGUGGAGGAAAAGUUGUCCAGAAACUUCUGUGAGACAGGGCAGCUGAGGCCCAGGUGUUACUAGUCCGCUUGACCUUCCUCUUUCCUAACUGCUGGCCUUUGGAUCCAAAUGGGAUUUCCCUGGCUACUGCCAGUACUUGGCCAUCUGGCUUCCAAUAAUACAAUGGUUAUUCAAGUUCAAGUGAUGAACUUCUGGUGACUCUCACUCUACAGAGUCAACCACUAGUGCAUAUUUGGGAAAUCCAGGCUUCCACCAUGAGUGGAUUCCUUAAGCAAAAAGGAAAACAAAAAGCAAAAUAGGUUAUAUUUUAAAAUAUAGAAAGGCAAUAAGUUGCAUCAAGGUUAUACAGGAAAGAAUUCAAAGUGUAUCCUUGAAUAGGUUUCUGGAGUUGGAGUUCUAAACUCUGAUUUGUAACUUGGACUUUCGAAUUGCAAAUGGCAAUAACUAGUAAGUUAUCAGCAAUAAUAAAUUUAGCAUUAAAUUUGAGUAUAAUGUUCUGUUUUUGCACUCCUCAUAUAGUGCAUAUGUAUUCAGACAAGUGGAUAGUGUUAAAGUCCUGUUAUUUUCUUUGGAAUUCAAUGUAGUUGUGAAUCAAAAUUAAGAGAAGGGAAGUUUCAUUAGCAAUGAGAUUUAGAAUUAAGGGCAUUUGGAAUAAGCCCAGUUUCCCCUAAAUUACCCUUAGUUUAUUAAUAUCAAUGUUCAGAUUCCUGACUCAUUUAUACAUCUGUUUCCAUGUGGCAGGGACAUUCUGAUAUUUAAUGAGCAAUGCUUUGAGUUUGUAGAAGCUUUCAAGUCUUCCAGAUGAUUGUCAACAACAGAAAAGGCUUAUUGAAUUCCAUCUUGCUAUGCAAGUUUUAUCAGAUGAUCAAAUGACAGAUCUGAUGCAUCUCAUCGUAUGUAUGACAUUUUCAAACUAAGUCUUAACUUCUCAAGUACAUUGUAGUAGCUAAUUCAGGGGAGGGGAAAGGAUGACCCAGGUUUUAGAUUGACUAUUUUUUGAGCUAUGGAGCUCCUUUGAGACUGCUGUCCAGAUCAGCUCGUUGCUACUGGUAUUCGAAGAUUCUCAGGAGUCCAAGUUGUACUUUUGCUUGUAGCCUAAUUUAAAAAUGAGAUGUUUUGCAUCUGAGCAAAAACCUUUUGCUGGAUACAGGAAAAGGCUGGACUCUGAUCUAGUUAUCUUUUGAUUACAGCAACAGCUCUGGGUGAGAAUAGAAUUUAUAGAGGAAUAAUCUGUGAAGCCAUAGAAAGAAACCCUAAAUUAAUCUAGUGAGUAUAUGGCCUCUCACCAUUUUAGGAGGCACCAGAUUCAUUUGCACUAUUAGGAAUGCUAGUUUUGUGCAAAAAUAAAUGCCUUACCUGUUUCCCCCCACAUUUAGGUUGAAAAGCUUUCAAAUGUUCCAAGUUAUGCUGAACCAAAAACAAAUAAAACAAAAUGAAAAAAAAAAAAAAAAAUAAUAAUAAAAAAUUUCCCCCACAAAAACAUAACAAAAAAAAAAAAAGCCCACACGUUUAAUUACUGCUUUGAAAUGCAAUGGUAUAGAGCACGGUUUCUGACAGUGUAAUGAUAGCUUUGUAAGUUAGUUCAUGUCAUGCUGGGAACUCUGUAUGAGGCGGCCACAGGCAGCAGCAGCCCACCUACCUACCCACUUGCAUUCUAUUAGUAUUGAGCUUUUUUGUUUGUUUGUUUGUUCUUUUGAAUCUUCCUUGUGCAUCCUGACCAAGAAAUAUCUUUGAUUAUGAUCAAUGUAUUAUGUCAAAAUGUAGGCUAGUUGAACUUUUGUAAAGUUGCCUGGAAUGUCAUUUGUUAGGUUAUAAACACAAAAUUUAAAUGAAGGGUUUUAUGUGUUGUGUACAAAUCUUAAUUAUUUUAAAAUGGACAGACUUGUCAUUACAUUUGUAACCUUGUACAGAGGAUUUUUCACUAUGUGCCUAGCUUGGUGUCCAUUCAACUAAAAUUGAAAAAAAAAAGGUGCAUGAAGAGUUAAAAUCAGAAGUUAAACAAAGUCUAUGUAGAGAUGACUAUUUUAUAUUACAUGGCCCAAUCCUGUAUUUAUUUCUACCCCCUUUUUGAAAGUAUUUAUAAAACUAGUUGAAGACAGCUGUAUUUUUUUGUUGAACUAUUUAGUAGAAUUUGUGCCUUUUUGUCUGUAUGUGAAUAAAUGCUGUACAUUUUGCAAUACA